AUAUUACUUGGGAAACCAGGGUAACACUGCAGACCGAUUUUUGGAAUGGUGUUUCUAUAGAUAGCCUAUAUACAGCCUACUUUUUAUGUUAUAAAAAUCUAUUAUACAGGGAAUACGUCGCUUUUUCAGAUACGCAGGCGCAAGAGAGAGUGCUUCGUGGGGUGUAUGUCCCUCCUGUUACACGACCUUUUCCGAUAAGUAAAAGGGAGCACACUGCAACGUUAAGCACCGUCGCUAAAUCUAAACUAUUUGUAAAAAUUGCGAAAAGACAAAUUAUGAGAAAACAAGUGACAUUCGUGGAACAAAACAGUAACGGAGAACAUCUAAUCCAGCACGAAAGCAGUCGCUACUUAGCAACGAGGUCUGCAGGAUCUUGUCCACAAAGGGGCAAAUAUAUAGGUUCUGACAGUCAGUUCAGUGGUCAUGAUACCAGUGCGAGAGGCCAGAGAAGAUCCCAUUUCAAGGCCCCUCCACAGCAGACGUCUGAAGCCCAUCAGAUUAAAACUAUACACAUUCCAAAGUCUUUAAUGGCUGCUCCAUUUUUACAGCAUCCAAGCCUGACACAUGGGCAAAAACGUUACCUGUACAGCAUUGCCAACGUGUACAGCACAGAACAUAUGCAGAGACUGAUGAAAAGACACUACCUCGAUGUGUUACACCACUGCAUCAGAGCAGGUGCACGUGGAUUGGGAGAAAACAGAACUCCACAGUUCAAAAAGAAGCACACAUCAGAAUUGGCCAGUAAGGCUGAUUCCCGAUCUCUUGACAGUAGUAAGCCAAACCGAACCAGACAAGCAGCUGGAGUUCAUUCUGGGAAGGUCAUCCUACCAAGCAUUGGCUACAGUCAGAAGAGGACAGCAUCCAAUACUUCAAAUGAAACAGGACUGAGAAUGCUUAAAACAAAUGAACAUGCAGCACGAAACGCAUCUCUGAAAGCAGCAAAACGAUGGGAGGGCCCCCCAGAGAAGCAAGAAAAGACUGAAGAAGAGUGUCUGAGUGAAAACAUGAGCUCUCUCUCAAUAGAGCCGGAAGAAACCCUCUCAGAGGCCUAAUCAGAUGCAUUAUGAAACAAAGACUCCACAUUUCAACACUGAGAUACAAAAUAGUAAAACGGACCAGUAAGAAUAUAUGUUAGUGUACUAUAUACACUACUGUGAAAUAAACAAUUUCAAAGCUG